AUAUGAAAUUUUUAAAAUUUUAAUAUAUUUUUGAUGAUUGUUUUAUAAAGAAAAAACGCGAAGUUGGCAACACUAAGUCUUUAGACACGUAUCAUCUGUCUUUCAAUGAAGUUUGUGGGGUUUUGUAUGACAAAAGCAAAAGCAAAAGCCAUUAAUUAUUAUAUGCAGAAAUUUGGUACAAUAUUGUGUAAAAAAAUUUUUAGUUAAUUUGAGAUGUUUGUUUACUUUACUUGCAUAUAGUAAUAACAAAAUAGUUUUGCAGUGCAAAAGACAAAUAACCUUGUAUAGUAAUUUCAAGGAAUGAGAGCUACAGAAGUGUAAAAUGAACAUUCAUUAAUUAAGCGAAAGUUAUAAAAUAUUUUAAAGUUAAUAUUUUUUAUAAGUUAGCAAUUUAGCAAAAUAUUUUAGGCGUUAACAGCGGCCUUAGAUAAUGAAAUGCAAACACGACGUCGCUUACAUCAAACAGAAACAAUACUACACACGGGAGGUCAGGACGAGGGAUAUAUUUUAUUACCAGCACAACAAUACCAGACAGUACAACAACAAUAUCAAAAUCCACUACUAGUUGGAGCUGGUGUUACAGCCGCACCACAUACAAAUUACUCCACAGCUAAUAACAACGACACUGCUUUACUGAUAGGUGACGGACAUCGUUUACACCAGUCACCAGAAGCGCAUACGCAAUAUAAUAACAAUAAUAAUACUGCGGCGAAGAAUCUGCCAAUCGAAGACGCUGACGACAAGUAUUCGAAAGCUAGUCGUCAGUGGAACUUACGUGCGCUUUCUACACGUAUACAGGCCACUUCUGGACAAGCAUUGCGUACAUUUAUACAACAGCCCCUAAGUGCAGCUGCGGCCGUUGUGACUGGCAAUCAUUCUCCCAUUGAAAAUCACGAUUUUAAUCAGGAUAUAUCAGGAACAUACAACGCAUACAAAGCCGAACAGCAGACAAAUAAAUUACAAAACGAUUUAGACGAUUCAGAUUCAGAGUCGAGUAGUUCGAAGGAAAUUGUCUACGUUAUGGCCGCAAGAGAUCGUACAGGUGAAUUUACGAGUGCUAUACGUUCACUGCAGUCUCGUAAUAUAUCGCGCGCUGUUUCCAUACGCGAUCCACGCAAAGCGAAACAAGUGCAAAGCUAUUCGGAGUUUAUGAAUAUCGCCAAAUACAUUGGAAAGAACAUUGCCAGCACAUAUGCCAAAUUGGAAAAACUAACUUUAUUGGCCAAAAAGAAGAGCUUGUUCGAUGAUAGAUCACAAGAAAUCCAGGAAUUGACUUAUAUAAUCAAAGGUGAUCUGAGUGCACUGAAUCAACAAAUUGCUCGUCUACAAGAUAUCUCCAAGGACCAGAAGCGUACUAAUAAUGGCAAACAUCUCGUCUCACAUUCCUCAAAUAUGGUUUUAGCUUUACAAUCAAAAUUAGCAAGCAUGAGCACUGAUUUUAAGCAAAUACUUGAAGUGCGUACCGAAAAUCUCAAGCAACAAAAAAAUCGAAGAGAUCAAUUCAGUCAGGGACCAGUACCAGUUAAUUCCGUCUCAUCAACGACAGCGAAACAAGGAUCAUUACUGCUUAGCGAAGAGAAUCAGGCAGUUAGCAUUGAUAUGUCAGCUAGCGAUACAACGCCAUUACUUGGACCGCCCGCACGUAUACAAACACAACAACAGAUUGCACUAUACGAUGAAUCCGAUAAUUAUGUCCAACAGCGCGCCGAAACUAUGCAAAACAUUGAAUCCACUAUUGUUGAGUUGGGUGGUAUUUUCCAACAAUUGGCGCAUAUGGUUAAAGAGCAAGAAGAGAUUGUAGAACGGAUCGAUACGAAUAUACAGGACGCCGAAAUGAAUAUUGAUGCUGCACAUAGUGAGAUAUUGAAGUACUUCCAAUCGGUAUCAAAAAAUCGUUGGCUAAUGAUUAAAAUUUUUGGUGUUUUAAUAUUUUUCUUUAUAUUUUUUGUUGUCUUCUUGACAUAAUAACAAAUUUGUCAAACCCUGGUAUACAAAUACACCACAAACACAUACACACAUACACACUUAGUUGCAUUUUAACAUUAAUACCUAACUAUUCGCAUAGAUAUUUUAAUUUUAUUAAUUUUAUUUUUGUCUACAAAAUUAGUACAAUCCUUUUUGUUAUUGAAAAAUUCAUGUCCGCAAAAUUUAAAAUUUCCAACUAAGCUUAUUUUGAUAUUUAUCUGUAAUUCUACAAAAUUUUCCACACGCGAAUGAAUUCAAAAUAAAAAAUUAAUAAAAAACCCUAUUGUAAAAUAAAAUUCAUAUAUAAAAUUGUUUUUAAAUUAUUAAGGACUACUUAUGUGAUUUUUUCAAAAGUAAAAAUGUAACUAUAAUAUUUAUUAUUAAUGAAAUAAAAAAUAAAUUGUAUAUA